CUUACCCGUAACUAUGACAACCAAGGACCGUCAAAUCAUAACAAGUUCGAUGUUGCCGGCUGUAUCGGCAAUUGACUUCUAAACGUUUGAUCUGAAGUUCACGCUCACGGAGGUGAAGAUGAAUAAACCAGAGGAGCUUUGGAGUAUUGCUGUAAAUGAAGGGCUGAAUAAUUAUGACCGUAAUGGGCAACCGGAAAUCCAAACUCUAUUUCUAGUGGGAGCUUCUAAAUCCGGUAAAACUACUCUGAUUCAUGCUUUUCUGGACAAAGAUGAUGAGCCUAAGGUUUCACUUCCUGUGGAAUACACGUAUAUUCGAAGGACUAACAAAUAUAUGGUAAAAGACAUCUGUUACAUCUGGGAAGUCGAUACUGCGAACAUAAGUUUCAUUAAUCUGUUAACUAAAAGCGAAGGGCUGGAAAGCAUUUCUGUAUUGUUCGUUAUAGAUCUUGUGCAUGUUCACGACCUAUGGAAUGCCUGUGAACGUAUUGAAGAACUUAAGAAAAACUUGGAGGCAAAACCAAAGACUAUUAUUACGUUCGGUAUUCUAGGGAUGAAAUACGAUCUGUUUGAGGUAUUAGAAAUCUAUUCUAAUUUUUUCACUUUUAAACCAAUUUUGAACCCAUCUGGUGUUAUUAUGAAAAAGAACUUAUCAACGGAAAAAAAACUCAUCCUUUGCCGAAUCGCAAAACACUAUGCUACUAUAGUUGAUGGUCAUUUGGUUUUUUGCACCAGAAAAGAUCGGACUACAAUGAAGGUGGCUAAAGAUCUAUUUUCACACUUGGCAUUCAAAACAAAAUUUAGCCAUCCGCUUCGAUUCGAUCUGAGUUCUCCUGUAAUCAUCCCAAAAGGUGGUGAGAAUAAAAGUGAUAUCAAUUACUUACACAACACAUUUGAAAUUCAGUUUGCUCAUUUGCCGGUCACUAGUAAAAUGGAUGACGACGAUCCUGCCAAAGAUGCAAGUUAUGCAAAUGAAGCAAUCGACAAGGAAAGAAAGAAAUACCUUGAGAAAAUCGAAAAAGCACCUUAAUUUCUGUGACACAACUAUGUGUGUACGUGAGAAAACAGUACAACGCAGGCGUUUUGCCAACGAA